UAAUUGUAUGCUGUAUACUAUACAAUGGACUCCUACAUCGACAUCGCCCAGCGCAAACAAGUGCACCUCGCCGCCCAGAUCCCCCCCGAAUGGCGACUCUCCCCCGCCCAGAUCCCCGCGGGGAUGCUCUCCCCCGCCGAGUCCGUCACCGACGUCCAGUCCUACGGACGCGUCAACGUCAUGGACGUUCCGCGGACGUGUGGACUUCUCUCCUCGCACGAGCUGGAAAUCACAGAGAAGUACGAUAUCCGCGGUUUGGUAGGGGAGAUAGCCGGGGGGAAACUCACCUGUGAGGAGGUCGUGGGUGCAUUCUGUAAGAGAGCAUCCGUCGCCCACCAGCUCACCCGCUGCCUCACCGAACCACUCUUCGACCGAGCGCUUACCCGCGCACAACACCUCGACGCCCACCUCCGCCGCACAGGCACCCCCAUCGGCCCCCUGCACGGCCUCCCAGUCACCCUCAAGGACACCUUCAACAUCACCGGCAUCGACUCCAGCCUCGGCCUCGCCGCCUUGGCCUUCCAACCCGCCACGGCAGACGCCCCCCUCGUAACACUCCUCGAAUCCCUCGGCGCAAUCAUCAUCGCCAAGACCAGCGUGCCCCAAACAAUGGGCGCCCUCGACACAGCCAACCACCUCUUCGGCCGCACCCUCAACCCCCUCAACCGCCAGCUCACAGUCGGCGGCAGCACCGGCGGCGAAGCCGCCCUCCUCGCCCUCCGCGGCUCCAUGGCCGGCUUCGGCUCCGACAUCGGCGGCUCCAUCCGCAUCCCAGCCAUGUGCACCGGCAUCUACGGCUUCAAGCCCAGCGUCGGCCGCGUCCCCUUCGGAGGCCAACAGAUGGGCCAGCCAGCCGGCAAAGACCGCAUCUCGCUGCAGACGGUCGCCGGCCCGCUCGCCCGCUCCGUCGCCGACCUCGACGCCCUGAUGCGCGAGAUUGUGCCCCGCGCGGAACUCUUCGCCGAAGACUGCAUCCCGGGCGUGUGGCCCUCACCCUCGCCCUCCCCGCACCCUUCGGGCCAAAAAAAAUUCAAGAUCGGCAUCCUCCGCAGCGACGGAAUCGUUGCCCCCCUCCCGCCCAUCGCACGCGUCGUCGACGAAGUCGCCACGGCACUCCGCCGCACACCCGGCGUGGAGGUUGUCGAAGUCCCCGUGCCGAAGGCACUCACCCGCUGCCAGGCAGUCGCAGGCCGACUGAUGGGCAUAGACGGCGGCAACACGAUGAUGGAUAUACUCGAGCGCACAGGCGAGCCGCUCAUCCCGUGGCUGCAGAAGCGCAUGAAGCGCGGGAAGCCGCUGUCUGUGGCGCAGCUGGCGGAGCUGCAGGCGCAGCGGGGGGUGCUUGAGCGGGAGCUGCACCGGAGUCUGUGGGAGGUGGGCCAGGCAGGAGAAGGACGCAUCGACGCGCUGAUCCAUCCGGUGGCGCCGCAUCCGGUGCCGCAGCUGGAUCGGUACAAUGCCGUGGGGUAUACGAGUAGCUGGGUGCUGCUUGAUUAUCCGGCGGGGAGUGUGCCGGUUCGGCGGUUUGGGGAGGCGGAUUUGGAGGGCGAGGUGGCGGGGCCUGUGGGGGGGAGUUGGGAUAAGGCCAAUCGGGGGUUGUGGGACGAGAAAACGGUCGAUCGCCGCGUCUACCUGGAUAGUCCGCUGAGCGUGCAGGUUAUCACGCCCAGACAGCAUGACUACGAGCUGAUGCGGGCGAUGGAGAUUGUGGACCAGGCGGUCCACGUGGAAGGACGGGAGACGAAGCUGUAG